AUGCUCAUCCCCGUGCCGUUCUUCACGCAUGAAGCGCACGCUCGUGGUCUGGACAGUACUGCUUCUGGGGCCGUCUACAGCUGCUUCGCACUCGCUCAAGUGCUAGCGUUCCCAGUCAUUGGGUGGCUGGCGCCGAGAUUCGGCGUGGCGCGGCUCGAUGUGCUUGGCUCGGUGUUCGUUGGCAUCAGCACGGUGGUGUUCGGUCUGCUCGACUACAUCAGCCAGCCCGUUCCGUUCCUGGCCUGGUCUCUGAUAACUCGUGUCGCCGAGGCCGUUGGAACUUCGGCUGCUCAGACUUCAGCGCGAACCAUCAUCAUCAACCAGUUCCCGGAGCGGGUCAACCUGGCCAUUAGCAUUGAGGAGUUCAUGAUGGGUGCUGGCCUGUGCUUGGGACCAGCCCUUGGCGGCGCCCUGUACGCGGCCGGCGGCUAUGGGUUGCCGAACUACGCACUUGGAGCGCUGUUCUUCUUCACUGCCGCUGCCAGCCCGGCCGUGAUGCCAACAGUGACGGACCACUCGACCGAGGGAAGCGAGAAAG